UGCCCAGGUUCAUCCUGCAGGCGGGCCAGUGCCUGUGGGCUUGGGGUGGCCUCAUCUGGGCCGGGGCAGUGGCCAGGCUCCAUGAAGUCUGCAGCCUCGGUGAACUUGGACCACUUCCAGAUCCUGCGUGCCAUUGGGAAAGGCAGCUUCGGCAAGGUGUGCAUCGUGCAGAAGCGGGACACGGAGAAGAUGUUUGCCAUGAAGUACAUGAACAAGCAGCAGUGCAUCGAGCGGGACGAGGUCCGCAACGUGUUUCGGGAGCUGGAGAUCCUGCAGGAGAUCGAGCACGUCUUCCUGGUGAACCUCUGGUACUCCUUCCAGGAUGAGGAGGACAUGUUCAUGGUGGUGGACCUGCUCCUGGGUGGAGACCUGCGUUACCACCUGCAGCAGAACGUCCAGUUCUCCGAGGACACCGUGAGGCUGUACAUCUGUGAAAUGGCGCUGGCCCUUGACUACCUGCGCAGUCAGCACAUCAUCCACAGGGAUGUGAAGCCCGACAACAUUCUCCUGGACGAGCAAGGACAUGCGCACCUGACCGACUUCAACAUUGCCACCAUCAUAAAGGAUGGCGAGAGGGCUACCGCGCUGGCCGGGACCAAGCCCUACAUGGCUCCGGAGAUCUUCCAGUCUUUCGUCAACGGUGGUACCGGCUACUCCUUCGAGGUGGACUGGUGGUCGGUGGGCGUGAUGGCCUACGAGCUGCUACGUGGAUGGAGGCCCUACGACAUCCACUCGAGCAACGCCGUGGACUCCCUGGUGCAGCUGUUCAGCACUGUGAGUGUCCAGUAUGUCCCCACCUGGUCCAAGGAGAUGGUGGCCCUGCUGCGGAAGCUGCUCACUGUGGACCCCAAGCAUCGCGUGUCCAGCCUGCGGGAUGUGCAGGCGGCCCCGGCGCUGGCCGGCGUGCUGUGGGCCGAGCUCAGCGAAAAGAAGGUGGAACCUGGCUUCGUGCCCAACAAAGGCCGCCUGCACUGCGACCCCACCUUCGAGCUGGAGGAGAUGAUCCUGGAGUCGAGGCCCCUGCACAAGAAGAAGAAGCGCCUGGCCAAGAACAGGUCGCGAGACAGCAGCAGAGACAGCUCCCAGUCGGAGAAUGACUACCUUCAGGACUGCCUUGAUGCAAUCCAGCAGGACUUUGUGAUUUUUAACAGAGAAAAGCUGAAGAGGAGCCAGGACCCCGUGAGUGAGACCCGGCCUGCGCCCGAGCCCAGCGAGGCAGCAGGCGGCGAGGGGGUGCCCGCCCUGCCCGUGUGCGGCUCCAUCUGCCCCUCGGCUGGGAGCGGCUAGGCAGCCCCCCAGCCCGUGGAGGUAACUCAGGUCACGUUGGAGACUCAAGGCCUCCAGAGGGACUGGACGGCAGGCGGCGGGCAGUGGGCAAGGCCCAGCGUGGACUUUCCCAGCCGAGGAGCCUGGUGCAUCCAAACACAGGCCCAGGCCAGGGGCUUCCGCUGCUCCCUGGCCAUAUUUUCACGGGCGCAGUCUGACCGCUGAGCCUGCCCCGGCUCUCAGUGGCACAUGGUGACAAGAGGCUGUUGGUGCGGCUGAGAGCGGUGGGCAAGGAGGGUGGGCGCCACAGGCCGCUCCAGUCACCUGUCACGGUGGAGGGGGCAUGUGGCUGCCUGCCUGGACUCUCCUGGUGGCCGCUGCGUGGGCCGCGUGGUGGGACAGGCGCUCUGGUCUCCAGCCACCUGUCAGCUGUCCAUGGCCCGCGUCCCCGCUGUCAGCUGCCCGCCGUCGUGAGCCUGCUGCCCGGAGCCGUGGGGCGGCCCAGGGUCCGCCGGCUUCUUGUACUUCGAAGUGGGGAGGGUCGUGGGUGUGAAGAAUGUUUUCUAGAGACCCA